AGGAGCCUCCUGUUGGACUCUUCUCCGGGGACCUCAUGUGGCGGCUCGAUGCUCAGGCCCGGACUGCGGUCCUCUGCAUCAUCGCCGGGUUCUUCAUCUACACCGUGUGGCGGCUCUACCGGCUGCUCUUCUGCCCCCUGGUGCGGCUCAAGACCCUGGAAGAUGUGGGAUACUUCGCCGAGGACGGACGCUCCAAAGCCCGGGCGGCGAACGAGGUGCGCCGCAGGAGGAAGAUCGGUGACCUGCCUCCGGUUUAUCCGAACGGAUGGUACCGAGUCCUGGACACAUCCAUGCUGAAGAGGGGCCAGGUCAAAAAUGUCACGGUUCUAGGUGAGCAGGUGGCAGUGUUUCGGGGCGAGGACGGGAAGGCCUACGUGUUGGAUGCCUACUGCCCUCACCUGGGGGCCAACCUGGCUGUGGGAGGACAGGUGGUGGGAAACUGCAUAAAGUGCCCAUUUCACGGGUGGCAGUUUGCUGGGAAUGAUGGGAAGUGUGUGAAGAUCCCCUACGCAGAGAAAGUGCCAAAUUUUGCGAAGGUGCGCAGCUGGCCAAGCUGUGAGGUCAACGGCCACAUCAUGGUUUGGUUUCACUGUGACGGAGAGGACCCUGAGUGGACUGUCCCGGAGAAGAAAGAGAUCACAAAGGGAGAAUGGGUCUACCGGGGUCGAACCGAACACUUUAUCAACGCUCACAUACAGGAGAUUCCUGAAAACGCAGGAGACUUUGCUCACCUCAAUUACCUGCACACUCCGGGCAUCAUCAGCGGCAACGAUCUGCGCCACACCAACAGCCAAAUCUUUAAAUUUCUCCAACAUGAGUGGAAGGCUUACUGGGAACCGCAGUCAGAGCCCAACAAGCACUGUGCUAAGAUGUACUUGAAACACAGUUUGAUUCUGUUUGGACGCCACUGCUCUCUGGGGGAUAUUCAUGUUGUGGCCUCACAGCUCGGUCCAGGACUGGUGUUACUAGAUUUUGAGCAACUUUUGAUUGGCCGGGGUACGAUCAUACAAUGCGUGACACCAGUGGAGCCUCUGCUGCAACACGUCACUCACACCAUCUAUUACCAGUCGAAUGUCUUACCUCUGAUCCCCAAAAUCAUCCUGGCAGGAGAGAGCGUUCAGUUUGAGCGAGAUUUGAUGAUCUGGAACAAUAAGAAGUACGUCUCCAAGCCUCUGAUUGUGAAGGAAGACUCAGCCAUCCAAAAGCACAGGCGCUGGUUCAGUCAGUUCUACAGCGAGGAAAGCCCGCGGCUGCAACACCAGCACGACACUCUUGAUUUUUGACCUGUCUGGACUGCAGGAGAGAUCAUCAACCGGAUGUCUCCAUAGAAUCCACAAUUUAUUUUAUAUGUCACGUAUUUAAGGAGGAAAGGUGACCUGACUUCUUUGCCGCAGGGGUUUUGUCUUUAUUUACAUUUCAUGAAACUGUCCUUUUUAUUGUUUCUUGUGUUUUUCCAGCCUGUGUGUAUUCAAGGGCCUGAAAUAUAUUUGAUUAAGUGACUGGAUUGAAAUUUGUAAGUUAACAAUACUGAGAAUGCCAUAAUUGCCUUGUUGUCCAUAAAAUGUCCAAACAAAUCAAGAGCGACACACUUUCAUGAUUUCGUCCCUACCAAAAAUGUCCUUUACCCUGGUGUGUGUGCAGAAGCCUGUCUCCCCAUGAGAACAUAGCUGUGUCCCCCUCUGUGGGCUGCUUAGACUUUGAAUGCCAAACAUAUCUUUAGACAUUUUAGAGGGAGUCAAACAUGCUCCGAGACAGUAUCCGGAAACUUUCUGGAGCCUGUCGUUUUGUAUUACUUGGUAUGGGGUGAAGGGAUUAAACUUUUUUUUUUUUAUUCUUUUGAUACGUAAUAAUUUGCUUCCUGUCUUACUGCACAGUCAUGACUUUGUGCUCCCCUCACUGCUCUAGCUGAUCUGUAAGUGAUUCAGAUGUAUUUAAUUAUCAUAUUGUACGUUUUCUUGCUUUACCGGUGCAUGUGAAUGAAAAGAUGUUUCUUAGAAUUAUUUAAAAUGUGCUUCAGACUCUGUAUAAAUUGAUAAAAUAUGUCCUUUAAAAGAAUAAA